UCUAUACAACUUUAAUCGAAUUCGAAUCCGCCGGCGCGCUGUUCUCUAUACUAAAGCGUCAGUUCGGUUCGUCGUUCUCACUUUCGAAUGCGCUUUCGCUUUUCAAAAAUUACCCUCGUUUGCUUGUUCAUUCGUUGAAAUUUGUGUUAACUUAGUGUGUUUUUUGUUUCAUUUUUUUACAUUUUACUCCUUUUUAUUUUUUGUAACCAUACGUACUCGGAGAUGUUUAUUAUUCUUACGUAAUUUCUCGAAAACCUACAUUCGUAACGCGUACAUUUACCCGAUUGCUUUUCUUGAUGUUAUUUUAUCGUAUUUAAACGCAGUCUCGAGUGUUUAUGUUGAUCGUAUCGUGUCGCGCCGUUUAUAGUUAGUGUGGAGUGUGACGUGAUUAUGUCUACAUUAUGUAGAUAGUAUAAUAUCGGUUUCGGAGUAAUCGAGUUGAAGUUUCGAGUGAAAAUCGGUCAUUCGAAGGAUCAAGAAUUAAAUCAAACAGGAAAAGGAGAAGGUCCCCUCUUAUCAAACGUACCCACACACAAACAUAUCAAGAAGAGAAGCUGAAGUCGAAUAUCAGCAAUCGUCCAAUUCAAGAGCAUGUAGAUCGGAUAAGUUGACGCGAUAAGCAUUUCAUCGCGUUCAUUUUUAGAGAAAACGACCCGAAGAAAAUGUAAUAUCUGUUGAGGAAAUAUCAAAGGUUGCUAAAAAUGGAUGUUGUGACUAGAUCGCUGUUUGCAUUCUUCCUUAUUUCGUUUGUAUCUUCGAAAGAUACGCUGACGGUGGAAAACACACAGUUUGAAGCAGCUUUUCAAGGACGAUGUGACCACGACAGUCCUUGCGAACACCUGUGUUAUGAAUUGCACGACGGUAUGUUUGAAUGCGACUGCAGAGAUGGAUUUGUUCUUCAUACCAACGGAUAUAGUUGCUUACUGAUAAAUGGCACCAGCGAACCAAUCAUAAAGAAUAACAUAUCAGAAGUAGACGACCGAGCCGAUAUAAUAUAUCAAAAAGAUACCUCAUUCUCGGCCGUCUUAGACACUCGUAAAGAAGCUGCCCCCGUAGAUAGUAACGCCAUCGAAGAUGCAGUUCAUUUCAUCACAUCGACAGCAUCUACCAGCAGUAUCUCCAUUUCUUCUCCUUCAGCUGCUGCUGCUACCAGUACCACCAAUUCGUCUGUUAUAUCAACCAUCACUGAAUCUUCCACUGCUAAUACGAGUAAUACCAGUACGUUUGCAAGAUCGUCGAGCAAUCAAAACUUAGUACGAAAUAGUGACUCCACAACGUGCCUUAAAAAUUGCGGUGCUGGUACUUGCAUUGUUCAAGUAUCCGAUGCAGAUACGGAUUCUGAUGCGGAUGCUGAUGAUGAGUCGAAUCAACGUUGCCAGUGUGUGCUGGGGAAAAGUGGUCCUAAUUGUCAGACAGACGUGGAAAUCAGAAUACCUCGAUUUUCCGGCCAAAGUUGGUUAGCAUUUCCAGCUCUGCGAGCCGCUUACAAACAUAUCCAAUUAGAAAUCGAAUUCAGGCCCGAAAGUUGGGACGGUAUCUUAUUUUUAACCGGCGAACGAGACGACCUAGCCGGAGAUUUUGUUUCCGUCGUAUUGUACGAAGGUUUCGUUGAAUUUAGAUUCGAUUGCGGCAGCGGGGUCGGCGUUGUUAGAUCGGACGAAACUGUUCUGCUGAAUAAAUGGAAUAAAUUGACCAUCUACAGGCAUCGAUGGGACGCCUGGAUACAGCUUAACAAAGGCAAACAUAUUCAAGGUCGAUCUAAAGGAUUAUUUUCACGUAUUACUUUCCGCGAACCAGUUUUCAUCGGUGCUCGAGGUAAUACGACUGUGUUAAGUGACAAAAUGCCCACCGAUCGAGGUUUCAAGGGCUGUGUUCGAUACUUGGAGAUCAACGGAGUGCUAUAUAAUUUCGCAGCGUCUCCUUUAGGUGAUGCAGUCGCCGGAUUCGAUGUUGAGGAAUGUGUCGCAGACAGAUGCAGUAAUAUUCCUUGUAAACAUGGCGGUAAAUGUGUGACGAGUGACGAUUCAGCCACUUGUUUAUGUCCAUUGGGCUUCAUCGGAGAUUUAUGUGAAACUAGGUUAGAUUUACAGGUGCCAAUGUUCAACGGUUCGAGCUAUCUCAAGUAUCACGGUCUGGGUUACAGCAGUUUAUCGUGGCUGGACAUCGAAAUGAUCCUGAAGCCGCUUUCGGCCGACGGUGUGAUUUUAUACAACGGUCAUAAAAUUGACGGAAUGGGUGAUUUUAUCGCUAUUUACAUGUCGACUGGUUAUUUGAAUUUCGCCUUUGAUUUGGGUACCGGUGCUGCUACUUUGAGGAGCGCUUAUCCAAUCGCUUUGGACGAAUGGCAUACGUUGAAAAUAUCACGAACUGGACGUUUAGCGGUGAUGCGAGUUGACUCGCAACCUUAUACCCAAGUCAUGACCCCUGGAGCUUUCGUACAGCUUUCGCUGAAUUUGAAUUUAUACGUCGGUGGUGUGCCGAAUUUCGACAUCAUUUCGCCUAAAAUUAAGACCACCGCUUCUUACGUUGGCUGUAUACAAAAAAUCGUGAUCAAUGAAAAACCCAUGCAUAUUUUGGCCGAAGCGUUAGCCGGACUCAAUAUGGAUAACUGUCCGCAUCCUUGCCUGGCUAAGCCUUGCGGUCUAUACAAUGAUUUACAAUGUGAACCCUUGUACGAUUCGUAUAAAUGUGUUUGCCAACGGAACUGCUGCUCAGAGUUGUCAGACACCGUCAGUAAUGUGGCCACCUUUAACGAAGAUACUUUUUUACAUUAUGUUGAUCCAGAGCUAAACAGAAGAAUCGUCAGUGACAGAGUAAGCAUCAAUAUGCGAUUCAAAACCACUUCAGUUAUGGGCUUAUUAUUAUGGCAUGGCAACGCAGCAGCCACAUCUUUGAAUUCAAACAAGGACUUUUUAUCAUUGGCCAUUGUAAACGGCUACCUACAAUUAUCCUACAACGUUGGCAAUGGUCAGGUAUCCUUGAUGUAUAACAGCACUAGAGUUGAUGAUGGGCAUUGGCAUCGUGUCAAUAUAUUCAGGGAAGUCUACGUAGCUAGUUUAAUGGUAGAUAAUGGAGAAGCAAUUGUUAGUAAAAUGACGGGUCCUUUAAGACAGAUGAACUCUGAUUCAGGACUUUAUAUAGGUGGCUUAGAAAGUGAAUUCAUGAGAAGCAAUUUCAAAUACAACAAAGGAAUCAGAGGAUGCAUUUCAGACUUCGUAGUGAACUCCGACUAUCGCGUAAAACUAUCGUGGAAACAAGAAGACGUCGUAUUAUGCGAAUAGUACCUACUUAGAUAAUAUUUCUCCAAAUCUCAACCACCUACUCGUACCUAUUUAUAAAGGAUCUGGGUAGCACGACGAGUACGAGUAAUCUCAUAUAUCGUUUGUUUAUUGUAAUUGUAAUAGUCAAAUUGUUCAACGUCCGUUUAUCGUUUUAUACUCUCACGUACAUAUAUGUCAUAUAUUUUGCACCACUUUGUGCAAAGUAAUAAAAGUAUGCAUACAUUAUGAAUAUAUAGAUACGUAUGUGUUUUUUUCUACGUAAUAUUUUCCGACAACUAAUUAUUUUUAUACGAUUUUCCUCUCUUGUCUGUUUCCUUAUUUCUUUACCUACCUAAAUCUCUCUCUCUCUGUCUGUCUAUGUAUAACUUUUUAUACUUACAUUAUAUCAGUAUUAUUAUCAUGUACUAAAAUAAUAUCAUUCAUUUGUAAUGUACUAAUUUGCUUAUAAAGUGACGAUUUUUUUUUUUAGUCUAAUUUCCACAUUUCGAGGUAAGUAAAAUAAUAAUUUAAAAAAAAAAAUGGACGAUGAGGCAAUCGACAUUAUAUCCGUUUAUAUUUAAGUAAUACUUCUGUGAUACACUCUUUUAUGUAACGGACUUAUUUCUACUCGAUGCAAAUUAAUUAAUAUGUAAGUUUAAUUCUAGUCAAUCGCCCCAUAUAUCAGUUUAAAGUGUGCGUUUUUCUCUCCUUAUUUUAACAAGUACUUGUUCGCACAGUCUCGCAUAGGUAAAAAAAAAAAGUGUGCUAAGAAUUUAUUUAAGCGAGUCGCAGUUGUUUGUUCUUUUUUCUGUUCUGUUAUUUUCUUUUCUUGGUAGACGACUAGAUAAGUUUCGUGAAUAGGUAUUACGAGUGCAUAUAUUUCGUUAAUUGGUUAUAUUUAUGAAUGAAUGUGAUUAAGACGAUCAAAAGUCAAUGAAAAUGUGUAGUUUGUAAUUUUAAACUUUAAAUUUUUUCAAUAUCAUCAUUGGACUAUCAGCACAUCACUGUAUCUUAAUACCUUAUACUAAUUAACCUAUUCGUACAUGUUAUAUGUGUACUUGAGUAUUUACCUAAUACCUACUUACGUUUUACUACAUAUCUACGAAACUUUUGUGCCUCUAUAGUUUUAUGUACUUAAAUAAUGUGCUCUAUGAAUUAAUAUUCGACAUAGUUUAGGUACCAUAUCUACGAAGUAGGUUAUUCUUCUCAUACGUAUUUGUGCAUGCCGGUGUACCCUUGACGAGUACAUUAGAAAAUGUAUUUAUUUUAGAGAAGAUGCAUUUUUUAGACCUUAAUAUUGUUGCAAUUUUUGGGAAAAGAAUCGACUGAAAUUUAUUUAAAAUGAAUGAAGAACUGUUGACGUGUGAUAAAAUAUAGAGGAAAAAUUAGAAUACCUUUCGUGAUUUUUAUUCCAUUCUCUGCCUUUUCAUGCAUAUCAGAAUUAUUGUUCUUCCUUAUAUUUUAACCUAUUUCGUUUAUUCUCAACAAGUCUUUGGUUCUGAAUAUAGUUUUUUUUUCUUUUUUUUUGUCAGAAUGAUUUUUUCCCGAAAAAAAACUUGGAUGGAAUUUAUCUCAAGUCGCAGUUGGAUACUGUAAAAAAAUGUUUCUUCUCUAUUAUAUAAUCAAAUCAAAACGACAAUAAUUUAGCUGCGAAAAUAAUUAUCUAUGCAGCCUAUUUAGAUAAAUUAACAACCUUGGUCAGCGCUACGUUUAUAUAUUUUAUGCCAUUUAUUUUGAUAACGGUUCCAAAUGUAGUAUGCCUAGUAAUGAAUAUUAUAAUUAUUUAAAACGAGCUCAGUUUAAAUCUGGUUCAACUUUUUGAAGUGUUCUAUUCAAAUUUCAUUCUUUUUUCCCAAGAAAAUUAGCUCAUUUUCUCCUUAAUUUUUCGAAGUACGUAAAUCUCUGAGUCAGAAAAAAAAUGUGUAAUAUAAAUCUCUUUAAAAUUUGCUGGAACUGAGAGUUUUUACUGAGGGCAUCUCGUAAACAAAUGGAAAGUACAUUUUCAACAAUUCAAAAUCAAUGUCCACGUUUUUGCUAAGAUUGUAAAUUUUGUGAGAAAAAUAACAGGUAUCAUUAAAAAAAUAACUUAAUUAAACUAAAAUUUGCAAAAAAAAUUCACAAAAAAUCGCAUCAUCAAUUUUAAAUAUUAUGUUUUAUUCUUUUGGAAAAAAAAACGAAAAACACCAACAAAAUUUAUCUGAAAGUGAUGAAAUAUCAAAUUUUAGCAAAAUAUAGCCAUAAUAAUUUACAUAACACAUAAAAAUGCAGUAAAAAAAUUUAAAAUCGUUUUUUCAAAAAUCUCAAAAAUGCGAUUUUGAAUAUUUUAGGAAAAAUGGGGACGUUUUGACAAUUUUGACCAAAAAAGAGGUUUUGAGAUAAUUUUGACCAAAGAAAAGCAUUUUUGGGAAAUUUUGACAGUUUUGAUAAAUUUUUGUCAAUCUUAGCAAAAAAAAUGAAACUGAAAAUUUCAGGAAAAAUGAGGACUUUUUCGGCAAUUUUGUGCAAAAAUGAGUUUUGAGGACAAUUUUGACUUUUAUUGACCAGAAAAAAGAAGUUUUAGGAAAUUUUGACGGUUUUGUCAACUUUUUUGUCAAUCUUGUAUUGUAAAUAUUUUGGGGAAAAUGAGGACUUUUUGACAAAUUUGACCAAAAAUGAAGUUUUGAGACAAUUUUGAUCAGAGAAAAGAAUUUUUGGGAAAUUUUGACAAUUUUGUCAAUUUUGUCAAUUUUCUUGUCAAGUUAGAUAUCAAAAAAAAUGUGACCUACAACAUUUUAGGUAAAAUGAGGACUUUUUGACAAAUUUGACCAAAAAUGAAGUUUUGAGACAGUUUUGAUAAGAGAAAAGAAUCUUUGGGAAAUUUUGACAAUUUGGUCAACUUUCUUGUCAAGUUAUCAAAAAAAUGUGACUUACAAAAUUUUAGGUAAAAUGAGGACUUUUUGGUAAUUUUGUUCAAAAAUAAGAUUUUUGGGCAAUUUUGAGCAGUAAAAAGAAGUUUUGGAAAAGUUUGACAUUUUGGUCAAUUUUGUUAAUUUUCUUGUCAAGUUAGAUAUCAAAAAAAAUGUGACCUACAAAAUUUUAGGUAAAAUGAGGACUUUUUGACAAAUUUGACCAAAAAUGAAGUUUUGAGACAGUUUUGAUAAGAGAAAAGAAUCUUUGGGAAAUUUUGACAAUUUUGUCAACUUUCUUGUCAAGUUAUCAAAAAAAUGUGACUCACAAAAUUUUAGGUAAAAUGAGGACUUUUUGGUAAUUUUGUUCAAAAAUAAGGUUUUUGGGCAUUUUUGAGCAGUAAAAAGAAGUUUUGGAAAAUUUUGACAUUUUUGUCAACUUUUUCUGUCAAUUUCGACAAGACUUGUGAUUUGGAAUAUUUUAGGAAAAAUGUGCCAAAUGUGGACUUUUUGACAAAUUUGACCAAAAAUGAAGUUUUGAGACAAUUUUGAUCAGAGAAAAGAAUUUUUGGGAAAUUUUGACAUUUUUGUCAACUUUUUCUGUCAAUUUUGACAAAAAUUGUGAUUUGGAAUGUUUUAGGGAAAAUGUGGGCUUUUUAACAAAUUUGACCAAAAAUGAAGCUUUGAGACAAUUGUGAUCAAAGAAAAGAAUUUUUGGGAAAUUUUGACAAUUUUGUCAACUUUUCCUGUCAAUUUUGACAAAAAUUGUGAUUUGGAAUAGGUAUUUUAGGAAAAAUGUGGGCUUUUUAACAAAUUGAAAUGAGGACUUUUUUUGACAAUUUUGACCAAAAUGAGGUUUGGGGACAAUACUUUCUUGUCAAUCUUAGCAGAAAAUGAGACUUUGAAAAUUUUAGGAAAAAAUGAGGACUUUUUGAUAGUUUUAUCCAAAAAAGAGUUUUUGGGACAAUUUUUACAUAAAAAAAGAAGUUUUGGAAAAUUUUGACAAUUUUGUCAACUUUUUUGUCAAUCUGUGAUUUGUAUAAUUUUUGGAAAAAUGAGGACUUUUUAGCAAUUUUGGCCAAAAAUGGUGUUUUGGGGGCAAUUUCUACUAAAAAACAGAAGUUUUGGGAAAUUUUGACAUUUUUGUCAACUUUUUUUGUCAAUUUUUACCAAAAAUGUAAUUUUGAAUAUUUUAGGAACAAUUAAGACAUUUUGACCAUUUUUCCCAAAAAUGAAGUUUUGGAACAAUGUUAAGCAGAGAAAAGAAUUUUUGGAAAAUUUUGUACAGUUCUGACAACUUUCUUGUCAAUGUUAGCAAAAAAAUGUGACGUUCAAAACAGCUGCAGAAAAAAUGAGGACUUAUAGACAAUUUUGCCCAAAAAUGAGGUUUUAGAACAAUUUUGAGUAGAAAAAAGAAUGUUUUGUCAAUUUUGACACAUUUGCUUAAAAAUCAGGCUUUACAACAAUUUUUGACAAAAAACAUAAUGAACACAGGUUUUAUUAUCGUUUUUAAUUUUAAGAUCUUUUUUUGAUUUUUUUCUCCUUUCAGCAAACUUUGAGAACAUUUCCAUUAUCUUUUUUUUUUUUUGUAGUUUUCAAUGAUUUGAAUUCUUUUGAAGUACUUUUCUGUUGUUUUUAACAGUUUGAAAUUACUUUUUUUGUUCAUCAGUAUUGGAUGUUUUGCAAUUUUUACGAGUUUUAUCAAAUUUUAAUAAAAUUUCACGAGUUUUGAAUAAUUUUACGGUUCUUAAAAUGUUUUAUGUUUUUAUUUCAUCAGUUUUUGAUUAUUUUUAACAACUUUAAAGUACUUUUUCAAAUUUUUUAUGUCAUUUUUUAUACGUUAUUAUAACAAUUUAAUAACAAAUUCUGUUCCCAGCCAUAAAUUUGAAUACGGGAAAGGAGCCACAGAAAAAGGCCUCUAUUUAACGCCUUGCAACUCGAGUUCUUUUUCCAUUCAGUGACGUUAAUAAAAUUGCCUAACCUGUUCGCCGUAAAUACAUUAUUUUAAUCACACAAAUUGUGAAACGUUUGUAUUUAUCUGGCGAAUCUUGAACCUUCAAUGAGAUUUUGAUAUUUUCAUUACAUAAUAGUUUUUGAAACCCCAAAAUAUAAAAAUUUAUUUGGGAAAUUCAAUCACAUUACUGGGCAAAUUAUAAUUCGAACUUGUUAUCAACUCAACUCGCAAUAUUUACUCUCAGCUCUAUUUUACCUCAAAUUAUCAUCUCUCAUCCUUUACCUGUCUUCUUCGUUUCUCUCUUCAUUGUUGACUUCAUAAAACGAUUAACGAGCGCAAAACGCCGGCUUAUUUUAAUUUCUAAGGUCAAUUAAUUACGCAACGAUGUUCAAUCAUGAUAAAAUUUGUAAAUACACCUUUUAUUAGUUGUUAUCUCUCUUGUACUGUUUUUAGUCAUCGUUUGUAAGACUCGUAUCAUGAUAGUGCGAUGCGGCGGCAUAUCCGGCGAAAAGUUUUCAUUUCCGGAUAGCCUGCAGCUUGAUAGGUAGUACCUAUUCGUUAUUAUUUAGAAUAAUUUUUUUCUUUUUCUUUACCUACCUAAUCAUAUAGGACAUCAACACGAAGCAAUAUUGACGACUUACUGAUUACCCAAACUUGUACCUACUACAUAUUAUAAAUGUACUAUACCUGUAAGAGCUGUUUUUGAAGUAAAUUUUUCUUCAAGUUCAAUCAUCGUUUCAAAUACUGAUUAGUUUAUGUAUCAUGUGAACCUAUCUUUAGCUAUUUGUUGAAUUCGAUAUAAAUGCCAGAAAUCAGAUUGCGAGUCAUUUUUCACUUUUUUAUUGACAUCUGAUUUGAUAUUUAUGUUUUUCUGAGCGUUAUAUUUCACAAUUGCAGUAACACCAUAUAAACAGGACACCUUGUAUGUUAUGUACAUAUCCAUGAUACAUAAUGAUAAUGAUGUUUUGUACCGCAUUUCCAUAGUGUACCUAAUCGUAUAUCGAUGGCUUUCUCAUUAGGUUUUCUUUUUUCAUUGUUUUCUUCGCAUUUUUUAUUCAUUUAUUAUUUAUUUUUUAAUAUUUUAUUUUGUACAUCCAUCACGAAAUAUUUUAUUUGUUAAUUUAUUUCUGAUCUGUUGUCAAUAAACGACGAUUCUUA